AUGGCUGAAACACAUCAAUUAGGCUCUUCGCGAAAGAAACAGAGAAGAUGUCUUGAAUUAUUCAAUUUGCCCGAUAACUUAAUUAAACUCAUAAUUUUCUUUAUUCCCGAAGAAACCUUAGAAACUUAUCUUGACAUUCCAUUCUUAGGAGGAUAUGCUGCAGACAGGGUCUUUCAAUUUGUUGAAAUUGUCCCCUCUUAUUCACCGCCUGAUGACGAGUGGCGAAGAAGAACCCCAAGACUGCAGGUUCCAUUAGAAGCCUUCAAAUCUAUUUCUAAGAGAAAGCUUCUUGGAGAAGAGUUUCUAGACUAUUUUAGUCAAAUUGAGCAUGGUGCCAGUGGUGGCACAUACAGACGUUUGAAAGCCUAUGAAUUUAUUCAAUUGAGUAAAACACAUCCAAAAUUUAUUCCCAAGAUUGUUCAUUUCAUUCUUCUCGACCAAUUUAUUUGCAUUGAGAAGAGCUUUCCUCAUAUUUUGAAAAACUUGCCAAGAAUUGAUAUUUCAUAUGGCAACUAUAAUAAAUUACCGUCUUGCCUGUUACUGCUGCAGUACAAGAUUUUCCAAGUUUUAGAUGUGCCAUCAGAGUAUAUAGACGAGAGAUUGUUGAGAAACAUCACCUCACUUUGUACUGAUACCAUUCCAAAACUUUCUGAUGAAAGUUGGGGUGAGAUAAUUCAAGAACUUGAGGUGACGGCUUCAUUGGAUGAAGUCUCUCGUUUAUUUCCCAAUUUGAGAAGGUUAAAAUUGGUUAACAGGAUCAAUGUUUCAGAGGAUUCCUUCCCGGAAUUCCCCUCAUUGGAAUUCUUGCAGUUAUCUAUUGAGCAAUUCUUUGAAGAAUUGGAUAUUUCGCACUUGGUAAACUUGAGAGAGUUCGCAGCUGAAACUUUGUUUGGGUUGGAUGAGUUAGAAAGAAUUAAAUUUCCUGUUGGAAUUGAGCGGAUUAUUUUGACAGGGGUUGAAAGUGAUUUGGAAGAAAAUUUAGAGAGUUUAGAUAGUAUUGAAUCAUACCCAAAUUUAAAAGAAUUUCGAAUUGGUCAUGGGAACAUAAUGACACCUACAGAGGCAUUUUCGAAUGAUCUUUCCUACCCACAAAGUUUACAAAAGCUUGAAGUGAGUUUGUUUGACUUUACAAUUGGUGCUGACUCGGAAGAACCAUUUGUUACGAUUGGGGAGAACUUUCCAUUACCUAAUAAUUUGAAAGUACUUCACCUUGAUACUUACAUGGGGUUGUACCAACCGGAUAAGUGGGAAUUACCACAAUCAUUAAGGGUUUUAUCAAUUUAUAAUGACGCGUUUGGUGAAGCUUUUGAGGAGUCCGGUUACCCUGCAGAAAACUGGUCUUGUGCGGUCUUUCCUGAUUCACUUCUUGAGUUAUCGCUUAACGUUGAAAAAUUGGAAGGAAUUACAUUUCCAAAGUCGUUGCGUGGUUUGGAGUUAACUUUUGACUCAGGCGAAUUGUUGAAGUCUUUGAACUUUCUUGAAUUGGAAAACUUAGUUCAACUUAAACUUACUUGGAAAGAUUCACCUGAACUUAUAGUCCAAUUUCCAUCAAGUUUGAAGACUUUGGAUUUAUCUAAAAGUUGGGUGGAAGAAAAAAUUAUCAUUGAAGCCCCAAAUCUAAAACGAGUAGAGUUGCCAAAAAAUCGUUUCGAGACGCUAGAUACUACCAAUUUUCAAAUACCAGAUUCAGUGGAACAUCUUUCAAUUGAUGUUUCAGGUAAAGGUCUCAGCAGAAUUGAACCAAAUAUCUUCCCAAAGCAAUUAAGAGUAUUAAAGGUAGAUGCGUCCUUAACAUCUGAUUUAUUGAAUCAACUUCAAUUAGGCAGUUUUCUGAAGUUAGAAAGAUUAGAUUUAAGGUGGAACAAAAUCACUUGUUUGUCAAACAAUUUUCCACCAUCCUUAAAAUCGAUCUGCCUUGAUAAUAAUCCUAUUUCCAAGUUUUCUUCAGCUACCGUUUUCUCAGAACUUCCAAACUUACGUGAAAUAAGCAUGGCAUCAACCAAAAUCAAAGAGUAUUUCCAACCGGAUGAAAGCAUCCUAGAAUUCCCAUCAUCUUUGGUUGCAUUGAAUCUUGCUGACAAUGAAUUAUCAACCGGUGUUGCGUCCAAGCUACGUUUGCUGGGCUGUACGCAAUUACAGGAGUUGUGCUUAGUUGGAAAUCCAGAAAUGGCUGAUGUCCAAACUAUUGUAGAUGUGAUCAAAUCAUCAUGUCCAGAUAUGGUUGAGCUUGCAUUGGACACGUCACAUGUUACGGAGGAAGGGGAUAAUUUCUUAUUGGGUAUGAAAGCCAAGAAGAUAUUUCCUGGACACGCCCGUUAUAUGAAUGUAUAG